GGGCAGCGGUAGCUCAGAGAAGCUAGCCGAUGUAGCUAGCCCGUUAGCUUUGCGGAACAAAAUGCAUAUUAAGCCCUUUCCAUAUGCGGCGAUGACGCCUCAGUGAGCCCCCAUGUUUUCCGUGUGAAACGAGCACCGUUGGUUAAGGACUUCGGGGACAACCAAUGGAUAUUUCAGCCGUUUUAAUGACCCAUAAAAUCAAAUUUAUCGGUCACUGGAGCCUCAGCGGUCGAACAAGAGAGCACCGUUUGCGGAUGUGAGGGGGUACCGAGCGCUAUUUGGGGGUGUAGCGGUUAGCUAACCUCCGUUACACCGGUGUUUUAUUUGACUUAACUGGAUGUAUCAGAUUACACCCAAAGAACGAAGUGGAAGUAUGGAGUUUUCUUAGCUCUGUCCACAUAACUGUUCUGCUCUGUGCAUCACUGUUCCUGUUACCAAGUCUUCUGUCACGGCUUCCAUCACCAACCAACCUUCCCAGUUCUCCUGUAGGACUUGCAGAGAUGGACUGGGCUACACCAGCCGCCAAGCUGAACCCCUACACCCGAGCCCGCAUGUCGGAGGCGUGGCCGCAGCACGCAGUUGCUCCACCUCCAGUCGUCCACAGCCUCCCGACAGGAUCUGAGAAUGCAUUAGGCUGUGCUGUGUAUGGUAUUGUACUGCAGCCAGAUGCACUGCAGCAACAGAGCCAGCACGGCCAGCAUAGCCAGCAGCACGGCAGUCAGCCGCAUGGAGGCGGGCAGCACAGUCAGCAGCAGCACGUCGCCCAGGUCCAGCAGACCUCACUACAAGUUGGGGCAGAGGGCGGACACAAGUGUGGAGUCUGUGGACACGAUAUCUCCCACCUGGCAAACCCGCAUGAGCACCAGUGCAUGGUGAGUCAGGAUAGGUCAUUUCAGUGCACGCAGUGCCUGAAGAUUUUCCACCAGGCGACAGACUUGCUCGAACAUCAGUGUGUUCAGGUGGAACAAAAGCCAUUUGUCUGUGGCGUGUGUAAGAUGGGGUUCUCGCUACUCACUUCUCUAGCCCAGCACCACUCAUCACAUAACAGCUCCAACCCAAUGAAAUGUUCAAUAUGUGAGAAGACCUACCGACCUGGCUCCUCUGGUAUUGCUUCAUCAAACUCAAACAACCCUCUGCAUGCCAGCAGUGAGAGGGCAUCGUCCAGCAGCAGCUCUUCCAUUCUUCCAUUUCCAUCUGCAAGAGACCGACCGUACAAAUGCCCCAUUUGCCAGAAGGGCUUCAAACACCUGUCGGAGCUGACGCGGCACGAGAGGGUGCACACAGGAGAGAAGCCCUUCAAAUGUGACACGUGUGACAAGGCUUUCAGCCAGUCAUCACACCUCCAGCACCAUCAGAAAACUCACAGCAACGAGCGGCCGUUCAAGUGUGCCGUUUGUGAAAAGAGUUUUAAGCACCGCUCUCACCUGGUGCGCCACAUGUUGGUGCACUCUGGUGAGCACUUGUUCAAAUGUAACUUGUGUGAGCUACAUUUCAAAGAGUCGUCAGAGCUUCUUCACCACCCCUGCCACCCGCAGGGAUCCCGUCCGUUUCGCUGUGCCGCGUGUGGCAAGGGGUUCAAGAGGCCGUCUGACCUUCGCCAACAUGAGCGCACGCACUCUGAGGAGCGUCCUUUCCACUGUGAUGAGUGUCAGAUGAGCUUCAGGCAGCAGUAUGCACUUGUGCGCCACAGACGCACACACAAAGACCCCACUGACCGGCCGUUCAAAUGCAAUCUGUGUGACAAGUGUUUCAUACAGCCGUCUCACCUCCUCUACCACCAGCACGUCCAUGGUAUGGACAACCUGUUCAAAUGCGCCUCGUGCCAGAAGGAGUUCAGUCAGUCAGGGGAGCUGCUCAGACACAAAUGUGGAGAGUCGCCCGUCAGCUCGCCAGACAAGCCAUACAAGUGUGACAUUUGUGGUAGAGGCUAUAAGAAGAGUUCCACGUUACAGCGCCAUCAAAACUCUCACUGCCAAGAGAAGCCCCUCAAGUGUUCGCUCUGCGACCGGCGCUUCCUCUCCUCAUCGGAAUUUGUUCAGCACCGUUGCGACCCUUCGCGGGAAAAGCCGCUCAAGUGCCCGGAUUGUGAAAGACGGUUCAAAUACAUUUCAGACAUGAACCGCCACGUGCGCACGCAUACGGGGGAGAAACCUUACAAGUGCGACCACUGCAACAAGGGCUUCAAACAGCGAGAGCACCUGACCAAACACUCCAGCACACACUCCAGAGAGGGCCAGUUUAAAUGUGUCUGGUGUGGAGAGAGAUUCAGUGACUUGGGUUCUUUGCAGGAUCACACGGUGCAGCACACAGCUGACGGAGGUUACUCUGUGUCCCAGUGCUUAUAAAACCCCGAACGGACAGUUUCCUCACCUUCUUGCCCUCUUGUCUACCUUGUAGGCUGUUUGUCCAGCCUAACAUUUAUGACAUUUUCAGGACAGAUUAGGCUGUUACGGUUGCAUUCAUUCCCACUAGUUCGACAUCAGGUCUUUGUUGCUCCAAUUACCUGCUGCAGAACCUGACACUACUCUCGUCGUUUCAUCGAAAUCUUAAGGAGCCCUGUUCCUCACUCUUCUUUUAUUUGCCCUCCCUUUUUUUUACCCCAACAGUUGAUCGCAAUCAAGAACUCAACCCCCCCCCCCCAACCAGCCAGUCAGAAUAACUGCCAAACAAAUCUGGCUAAUGCGAUGCCACAAUGCUGGAUUAUUAUCAAGCAAAGGCUUAAAUUCCCCCCAUUUCCUUUAAAACUUGUGAUGCAAUAUUCGGUUUUCAGGCCGAUAGUGGCCAAAAUGACGGAGUGAAAAUAAAAAAGUGAAAUCCAGUACCAUGCAUAAAACUGAAUAAGAACUAAAUACUCAACUGAACAUGCUGUAAACAGAGAUGUUUACCACCAUCAUUCAUGUGACUUGGACCUGAGUGAUAUCUGAGCUAAUCUGAUAAAUUUACUUGGAUGCAAAAAACUCGAGGCAAAAACCAGCGGUCUAAAAAAGUCUAAAAACCAGGACUAACCCUAUUCUCAUACGAAUGGAUCAGUCGAAACACAAGCAUGACCCAGGGCUUUACCAUUCCAAACCGUACCAAUCCGUACCAAACUGAACCGCACCGUGAAGAAAACACAGCAUUAAACAAAAUAAUUUGACAGCAGCAAUCUCCAUCUCCUCUCCUCAUUUUCCCUCCCUCCUCUAGUUUUCUGUUCACCAUCAAAACCCUCAAGUCAACUCAUUUCAAUGUUCAUGUUCUUGCAGUAAAACUUCGCAUUAAACUUCCACAUCUUUUUUUAUUUUAACCUUUUAGCUCUGAAGUAAUGUCUUCAACAAAUGUGAAGGGAAACAGUGAGGGGCUAGUUUGUGGGAUUUAUUGUCCCAUAGUGAAGUCAUUCUGAGGAUACAAUGUCUGUAUGUGUGUGUGGUCCACCGUCUCUAUGGCCAUUUGUGCUUCUACCAAAACAGUAUAGAAAAAAAGAAGAGCCCACGUGGUUGAUAACCAGUCUCGCCCUCCAGUAUAGGCAAAUAUAGAAUUAUAUAUUUCACACUAAUGUACUCCUGCAGGGGGCAGUGCUGUUCUGCUCUUCACUUCCUCUCUCAGCCUGUACAUACUGUACCAUGGAUGUGUGAGUGUAAUUAGCCAGACGAGUUGAUAAUGUUAGAACAUGUCUUUCUUAAAAAAAUAAGAACAAAAAACUGUUUUUCUAUUCUUGCUACUUUUUACAGUGUGAAACGUUUUGACAAACGCUCUCGUCAUUUCUUUUGUAGUCCAUGUCGUGAUUGUAUUGGUAUGAUGCGGGGAGCCUGACAAAGUCCCCUGCUUGUGUGUGUGUGUGUGAAUAUAAUUGGUAUUCUGUCAAACAGGGAAAUUCAGACGGAAGCGAAUUGUAUUAGAAAUGUUUCAACAGACCUGCACCUUCUUUUUUGUGUGUGUUUUUAAUUCACUAACCACCCUCCUGGUCUGUUAAAGAGCGUUUUGCAGGAUGAACCUGCUGUAUUUUCCAUGUCUUGAAAGAAAUACUAUUACUUUUUUUUCCACAUCUAACUUUCGGGGUGCGUUUAUACCAGAGUGACUGAUGCCUUCCUCUUCUUUGAAUGCUACAGAAUUUGUUUACAUGUCGGCCAUGUUUGCGGUUGUUUCGUCGGUCCAUGUAGGGAGCUGCUUCCUCUCUUUCAAUGUUGAUUCAUGUUUUGAGUGCAGUAUUUUAUUUCUUUAUUUUAGUGUUUGCGGUACUGUGGGGCCACAGUACGGCCCUGCUGCCUCCUCUCCUGCUCUCUGCCUCAUCCCCGUCUCAUAUGAGGUCAAACCCAUGCAUCUGCCAUUGUGUUUUUAUUUUUGAAAUCUGGCAUUAUAACACUGAAAACAACUUGCAGUUUAAAAAAUUAACUGUAUGUUUGUUUGUUUUUCACAAGUUUGCAUUUAUUUGUACAAGUUUUAUUAAUAUUCUUUGAAUUGAUAUGAAUAUCUAUAAUCUUGGACGGAGAGACCAGGGCCUCGGGGUAGGUUUGGGACAUUUUCCAGAGUUGUUUUCCAGCUUUCUCAAAAGUAGGGUUCAAUUUAAAGAGAAAACCGACUCUGCUCACACGUUUCUGUGGAGGUUUGAAAUAAAUACGACACAAACUCUG